AUGGCUUCCGAACCGCCCCAUCUGACCAUCUCAGCCGGCGAUCACAAAGCAUAUAUGGAAUACGCCCUGGAGCGAGCCCGCCUCUCACCGCCCGCAUCCACCAAAUUCUGCGUAGGGGCCGUCCUCGUCGACGCCGACGAGAACGUCAUCCUCUCCACAGGCUACUCUUUAGAACUACCGCGGGACUCCCUGGGCGAUCCCGGCAGCACGCACGCGGAGCAGUGCUGCUUCAUCAAGGUGGCCCAAAAGCAUAACCUCCCCGAGGAGCGUAUUGGGGAAGUGCUGCCGAAGAACACCGUCCUGUAUACGACCAUGGAGCCGUGCAAUAAGCGGUUGCGUGGGAAUCGGACAUGUGUGGAGAGGAUCUUGCGGCUCAAUGGCGCGAUAAAAGUGGUUUAUGUGGGCAUCAGGGAGCCAGAAGUGUUUGUCGGGGAGAAUGUGGGGAUGCAGAAGUUGAAGGAUGCGGGAGUCAUUGUGGAGGUCGUAGAGGGGAUGCAAGAUCGGAUAUUGCAAGUCUCUACCGCUGGACAUGAGGUUGAGAAGAGUUGA